CUCUUCAGUUCACCAGUGCAAUCCUUUGUCUGAAAAGAUGAACUGCAUCAACAAUGGAACUAUGGCCGCCAUGGCAGCAGCCCUGGCCGCCAACUCCACCAUGUCGUCCGAUAAGGCAGAGAUGCGACUCUACCUUGACAGACUCAAGGCCAUGGUACCUCAGUGUCCCAAGAAUCGCAAGGUGUCCAGACAGGAGCUCCUCGAACACGUCAUCAACUACAUCAGCGACCUCGAGGACACCCUCCAGUCAGACUCUGAUUCCGAUUCCGACAGUCCUCCAGCGAGUCCUACCAGUGACUUCAGCUUCAGCGACUCCUUCAACCAGUACGCCCAGUAUGAUGGCUACAAUCAUCAGUCUCAGUUAAGUGGCUACACUCAAGAGUCUCAUCUCAGCGGUUACAGUCAGCAGCCCCAGUUCGGAGAUUCCUUCAAGCAGCAGCCCCAGUACGGCGGUUACGGAACGCAGCCUCACCUGUAUUCCCAGCAGCAGUACAGCCAAGAAAUUGCAUGAUGAUGGAGGACUCCCAGGGAAGCAGCGGCUACACCAAGCAGUACGGAAGCAGUUCAGCGAAUUACCCACUCGGCUACUCGACCCAAAGCAUGGAGAUGGAUACUUACGGCUUUGGAUAUUAAUACCAAUCGUUAAAUUUCAUUGUGUACAUACUAUCACCUCAUUUCAUUUCCAGAAAAUUAUACAUUG